AUGGUGAGAUUGGACAAGGAGGAAAAGGAGCCAGUCCCAGCCCAGGACGUGCCCCAAACAGUGAGCACCCUGGAGCCAGGCAUGCUGGAGAAGAUGGUAAACCUCCUGGUUCCUCGACACCAGAAAGAGGAUCCCUUCUUCGUGCCAGCCUUCCUGUUUACUUAUAGGAGGUUCACCACCACAGGGCAAGUGUUGGAACUUCUAUUUAACAGAUAUUCACAUUUCCAUCCUAACUCUGAGGAGGAUGAACAAGUAAAGAAAACCCUGUGUUCCAUGCUGGCCAUGUGGCUGGACAAGUACCCCGAGGAUUUCUGCCAGUCCAAGGAUCUGGCCAACCUGAAUAAGCUGAUGGCCUAUGUGCUGCUCCACAUGCCCUCCUCAGACUUGGCAGUCCGUGGACACCUCCUCCUCACCCAGAUGAAGGAGCAAGAGAACAAGGAGGCAGGCAAAAAGACAGAGGAGUCCUCAGGUAAGUGCUUGAGAACAUGUGAGUAGGGAUGAAAACCGGUCCCCCAUGGGAUAAGAAUCCCAGGCUGGUGAUUGGCCAGUAACCAUGAGGUAAAACUCAAUCAGGAAAGAUGUCCUGUGAUGGGUAUUCUAUGUCAGACAGCCUCUACUCUCUGUAUGGAGACUCUCAGGCAUAGGCAUUCAUUAUCAACACCUACACUCUCCUUGAAGAUUCAGUCCCAUCUCAACUUCUAGAGCUCCCUCCAUUAACAGUGCAUCUAUUUCCAGCCUUAGAUUUGGGGCUGCACACAGCACCUGCUCCUGAGAUCAAGGCAGAGGAUCCAUCCAUGAUGGCAGCAGAUGAGGUAGUGGAAUCCGCAGCUU